AUGGCCUCUUGCAGCAGAAGCACACACCCUGUGCCACCGCACUACUCUUUCGGGCUUUGGCUUACGAGCAUUCUUUUGUUCACGGAGGCAACAACGCCGACGACGAAGGGGUGCGUAGAGGGCGAGAGGGACGCCCUCCUCGACUUCAAAACCGGCAUCGUCAAGGAUCCUUCCAGCCGUUUGUCAUCAUGGCGAGGCCGAGUAGACUGCUGCAGAUGGAGCGGGGUGGUCUGUGACAACAGAACCGGCCAUGUCGUGGAGCUCAACCUCCAGAAUUCCGACCCUGAUAACGAUGAGAUGUCUAUCGGAGGUGAGAUCAGACCAUCCUUGCUCCUGCUAACUCAUUUGGAGCGCCUCGACCUCAGCAACAAUGACUUCGGUGGGAUCCAAAUCCCGGAAUUUUUUGGUUCCCUUACCAAGUUGACGUAUCUCGACCUCAACGGGUCCUACUUCGGCGGAGCCAUUCUGCCCCAGCUGGGCAACCUGUCCAGGCUCCGCUAUCUCGACCUAAAUUCACUACAUGACUUAACGAUCGAUGGCCUGCACUGGCUCUCGCGUCUCUCUUCCUUGAGAUACCUCUACAUGGGCGGUGUGAACCUUUCCGUGGCCUCCCACGAUUGGCUUCAAGCAGUGAACAUGUUGUCCUCACUAGAGGAGCUACAUUUAACACACUGUGGCCUCACCGUCCUCCCCUCUUCUCUUUCCCAUGUCAACCUCACAGCACUGGCCACUCUCGAUCUCCAUGGCAACGUCUUCAACUCCACCUUCCCCGACUGGCUAUGGAAACUCCACAACCUCUCUUAUCUUGAUCUCAGUUUUUCUAUGUUCCAUGGUGCCAUACCUGCUGGGAUUGGAAAUUUGACUGGUCUAAGAGAACUUCAUCUUAGUGAUAAUUCACUUUCAGGUCCCAUACCCACUGAGAUUGGAAUUUGUAAUAGUCUUAAACUUAUCGAUCUGAGUGAUAAUUCACUCUUCGGAGUCAUACCUGCUGGGAUUGGGAAUUUGACUUGUCUAAGAAAGCUUUAUCUUAAUGAUAAUUCACUCUUUGGAUCCAUACCUGCUGAGAUUGGGAAUUUGACUGGUCUAACAGAGCUUUAUCUUAGUGAUAAUUCACUUUCAGGAAGACUGACCGAGUCAACGUUGGGGCAUUUACGUAGCAGUCUCACACGUCCCGUCCAUCAAAAAGUAGGAGAUGAAGAAAGGAUGGAGAAGUCACUUCGAGUCCGUUCGCAGCAGCCGUGGAAGCUUCUUCGAAGGCACGCGGUGGGGGACUCGAACCGCUUGGCGACCGGAGUCAACUUUGACAAGGAUCGGUGA